AUGAGCUGUGUUAUCACUCAGCAUCUCACCGUGCCGCUACCUUCCCCGCCCGACGCUAUGCACAAGAUGGACGAUUCACGCCCUGUCCUCAUCAUCGGUGCGGGUCUGUCGGGCCUUGCCCUUGGGCGACUAUUGACAAAUAAUAAUAUUGCAAACAUCGUCUUCGAAGCCUCUCCGCCGGAACGCAGCCAGGGUUUUGCCAUUUCCAUGCAUGACUGGGGCUAUUACCCGUUGCUCGAGGCCCUCGGCGGGCUAUCCCAAAGUAUGAUCAAGGCUGUUGGGCCGGACCGCUUCAUCGGCGGCACUGGAUGGGUAGACCUUGCAAUGCGCGAUAACAUGACGGGACAGGUACUCGUCGAACCGGACGCAGAUUCCCCGCCAACGGUCGUGCGAGCGAAUCGCAAUUCAUUGCGGGCCUGGAUUGCCGACUGCGGGGACGACCAGCUGGAUGUGCGUUACGGACAUCGGCUCAAGAGCAUCUCGGGGUCAAUGGGCAACGUGCGGGCAGUCUUCGAGAAUGGAGCUGCAUAUGACGGCUCGGUGGUCGUUGCCGCUGACGGUGUGCAUUCAACGGUGCGUUCGCAAGUUCUGCCACAUAUCGUCCCGGAAGUGGUGCCUGUGGUGGUCUACCAUGGCGAGUUCGAGGUGUCGCGCGACAAGUACGACCGGUACAUGCGUCCUGUCAUCGGCAAUGCUAAUAUUCUUGCUGGCGUGGGCGACGGGUUCAAUACGCCGAUUACGGCCUGCAAUAUCACGAAGACGCGGGUGCACCUCGACCGGUCGUAUUUCCGACCAGCGUGCGGCGAAAAUGACCGAUUGUUCAAUGUCAAAAAACCGGAAGACGAGACGCGAGAGCCACCCCCAGGCACUCCUGGACGAGUUGUCGUCGCGGCAGCUCGCAGAGCCGUGGGCACGCACUCAGUAUUCCACUGGAUCAGUCGAUGCGUGAUCAUGCCGACGGCGGAUGCAUUGCAAGCUGCACAGGCAGGCGUGGUGUUCAUCGGGGACUCGUGGCAUGCGAUGCCGAUCUUCGGCGGCGAGGGCGGCAACCAUGCACUGGUGGAUCGACUAUACCGAUGA